AUGGCGAAGAGCCAAAACAACGCUUCCAGAGACUGCGAAGCAGUAAGAACACAGCCUACUGGCAGCCAAUCUCGAGCCGAUAUUGUGGUGGAUUUGUACUGCGGGCUCGGACUGUGGGUUUGCGGUACUGCGUUGAGCUCGACGCAGUUAGCAUUACAGCCCGAACGAAGCGAGAACGUCAUCUUGGCCAGAUGGCAGGAGACUGUCAUAUCACCUUUGGGUGAGCUGCCAGGCAUAGCCUUGGUUGGUCUCAUUGUAGCAUGCUCGACUGGGUAUGCGGUAUCGUGUGGACAGGCUUACCGCCGAGCGCCAAGGCCGAUAGCGAUGGCGGGCGCAUCCUGUAUUGCGAUUGUUAUGUUGGAAAGCGCUUGGAACGUGCUCAAGGUAAGCUCGGUGGAGCGGCUCGCUGUCGCUCUGCCGUCCAUGGUUAAUGUUGGCCUCAUGUGGGCGCUGGGCAUGCGGGCAAAGCAGUGCGUGGCAAUGCGAAUACCAAGGCAGGAAGAUGAUGAGAUGUGA